UUAAAGUUCUGACUUGUUCUUUUUUCAUCUUCUUCAAGUUUGAGCUCUUAUUCUCAAGAGCUCCGAAACAGAAAAAAUGGAGAAAAAACUUAGCAUUAUGCUCUUCGUUUUUAUUCUUAUCCUUCUUCAGUUAUCUGAGCUUCGUACAGCUCAACGACCUUCCCCAGUGGAUAAAGAAGUAGAAGAAAAAGGAAUCAAGAACGAUAAAUGGGCCUGGACUAGACAAGCAGUUAAGACAUCUGAUAUGGCCCAAGAGUUAUCACAUCUUAUGGGAGAAGAGAAAUGCGAGGAGAGCGAUGAAGAGUGUAUGAAGAGAAGGAUGAUCACAGAAUCUCACUUGGACUACAUCUAUACUCAAAGCCACAACAAACCUUAAUCCAAAACCACAAUGUUUUAAGUAAGUUAAAAAUUAAAUAAAAGGAUUGUAUUGUGAUAAUAAUGGUUGUAUGAUUAUAGGGACAUGAUCUAUAUUAAUAUAAACCACUAUAGUACAUAGCAGGAUCCCUUCAUCACAGUUAUACCUUAUAGUGAAUAAUACUCACCAAGUCAGAAUAAUAGAAUAAGACUCAAAAGUUAAAAUAUCAGAAACAUAUCAUGUCUUAGAGCCGUAAGAACCCCGGGUUAAUCAUGGUCUUACCGGGUAUUAGUUUUAAAUUGUAACCCU